AUGACAUCUUUUUCAAGGCGAUGCUCGUCAGCUGCAAGCAGCCACGAAGAUAAGCCAAAUUUGGAGAUGUUGAUGCACAAAGUACAAAGAUCGACCUCUCACCAUCACAAGAAAUGUUUGAAAAAGAAAGGCAAGCGAUUACACUUGAAGGAUUUCCCUGUUAAUAUUUUAGAUAACAUCUGCAGUAAUGUAUCGAUCCAAGACAUUGUGUCGCUCAGUAUGACGUGUUCGGUCCUUAAAAAGAAAGUGGAGCCAAAUAUAUACAAACAUGUGAGGAUAAUGGAUCUUGACUAUAUUGCUGACGAAGAGGAAUUGAUAAUUCAGAAGCAUUUUGGAAAUUUCAAAGACGAGGCUUUGGAGACUGAAAGUUGGUGGGUUUACCACAAUAUGUCAAGUAUUGUCGAUGCAAAAAGCGUUUUGCUUUUGGUUUAUAAUGUUUUGACCAACCCCUCUCAUGGGAAGUACAUCAAGACGAUUGAGAUCAAUCUUGCUUUGAAACCAUCGCCUUGGAAACGGUCGAAGGAUAGCAAAGCGAGCGAAGAUGAGCUGAUUUGGAAUAGUACAAUAGAUUAUUUUCUUUCCCCUGAGGAAUUAGGUUACAUUGCGCACCAGCUGUCGUUCAUCAACUCCAAAAUGACGAUGUUUGACUGUCUCUUGCUCUUGUUAGAUUACACGCCUAAUCUAGAAAACUUGAUUGUAUCCAAGUUCUCGCUGCGCUAUGUUUCCAGAUUGUUACUCAAGACGCCUAACUUGAGACAGUUGAAAAUAAUGGUUUAUGAGAAUGAUGAUUUCAUGGAAUUGCCUUUGAAACACCUGACUAAGUUGACAAAAUUGAGACUGAAGUUCCAAGAAAACACAGAAAAUGUACUUGAAAAAAUUGCAUGUAAUUUCAGUGAUUAUGAUGUUCUAUCCAGGUUGGAAGUUUUACAGUUGAAAUUCGAUAAAACAGAUUUCAAUCAUCUUUCUGCACCAACAUGGUUUUCGUUCUUCACGCCCUUGCUGAAGAAAAAAGAUGGGAAGCAACAAUACGUUUUUUCUUCUCUUAAAAAACUUGAAUUGAAAGAUUGUUUUUUUGGUCCGGAUCAAAGCGAGUUGGUUUCGAACCUGGUCAAACUGAUUCCUUUCCAGCAGAUCGAAUGGUUAAGCUUACAAAUUUACGAAUAUUCUCAUAAAGGAAUCAAGCACGCGGAUUGCAGCACGAAUGAUGAGCUGAACUACAAGAAUACGGUUCUUUCGUGUCUGUCUCCACAUAUGCUCAACAUACACGAUAUUCGUAUCAACCCAACGAAAAAUUGCAAGGAUUGUCAAAUUGAGUCUGUUCUGAGCUUUUUGCAAGAACAUCAUAAAUUGAAAAACAUAUGGUUAUCUACAGACUCGUUAAAUAAGGAUAAUUACAAGAAGCUUUUAAGCAUCCUCGCAGGCCACAAGAGUUUGCAAAGAUUGGCCUUUUUUGACGAGUUUAUAAACAGCAAGCUAAUCAACAAUUUAAAAAACUGGUUUAUUUUUGAACACGGUAUUAGGGACUUUGACAUCUUCAAAUUUUACGAGUCGGAAGUGCUCAGACAGGAUAUUGAUCCGCUUUUCGAUUGUUACAGAAUAGAUGAGUUCAAGAAUUUUAACGAAAGAGAAAGUGAUCUGCUAGCUCUUUUCUGGCAGCAGUUCUUAAAUGAAUUUGGGUUGAUCUCGUUAAUGGGAAAAGGUGACGGUGGCACAUCAGAGCUUAAGUUAUUCGGCUAUAAUUUUAAAGUCGAUCGGUUUAGGAAGGUUAUUUUAUUAUAUAUAUCGAAAGAGGUUGGAUAUGUGGACCUUGUGUAUUAUUGA